AUCAUUUGCGAUAGAUUUGUUCACGCGAGAGGUAAUCUGUUGACUCAGUGCUUUCACACGGCAAAGGAAGAGAACUUUUCAGGUCGCAAUGUUCAGUCAAAAUCCCAAGAUUUAUCUCCUCGUGGCGAUGGCCUUUGUGGCAAUUGCCAUCAAUUGCGACGCCUUGAAGAUGCAGCAAUCGGGAUCGAUGUCCACACCUGCGAAGCGCUCGGGGCAGGAAAUGACCACACUCGAGGCAAUGGUGGCGUGCAACGAGAGCUUCCGCACCACCGAGGAGUUCCUGCAGGAGCUGAACAAGACGGGCAGCUUCCCAGACGAGUCCGACAAGACGCCGAUGUGCUUUCUCAAGUGCUACCUGGAGAAGACGUCCAUCAUCAGCGACGAGGGCGACAUCAACGACGAGAAGGUGCUGGUGAUGUUCCCCACGCUCACCACUGACGGCAUCGACGACUGCAAGAAGGAAAUGGAUCACACGAAUAACGUGUGCGAGAAGGUCUACUUCCUCGUCCGCUGCGUGAUGACUCGGAUGCUGGUGGACGGGCGGAGCAGCGACAAUAAAUAGAGACGUGAAACACGUGUCAGGCUAGAGUGGAGGGUGCUUUUUUAGAUCUUCGCAAAUAGAUACCACUUGACAUUGCAGCACUCCCCAUAGAACAUUGUACUAACAACUUGCGUGCAAAUAAAAAGUGUCGUAAAGACGACAGUAAAUGUAUCAAUCGAAAAUAUGCCACU